GCCGUCUCAGUUGCGACCCGCGGAAAGUCUAAAAGGCCGCUCUGGAAACGUUUUUUUUGAAAGGUUUCGAAAUAUUUUUCCUCCGAAAAAAAAAGAAAGACCGUUUUUUUCUCUCUCGCUCUCUCUCUCUCUCUUUCUGUGGACUGGGAUUUGUCGGAGAAGAAGUUGGCGUCGACAGGGCCGCGGGAUCGGGAACUCUCUGCUCUCUAUUUCCCUCUCUCUCUCUCUCUCUCUCUCUCCCCCUCCGUCGGUUCCUAUGGUCGGUUUUUGAUCUCUUCCGAAAGCGGCUGAAGAAAAAGGAGGAGAUUUCCGGCCGAGAUCGGAGCGGUGCGGAUCCAGAACCUUCGACCGGGCCCCGGGAGUUGGGAUUGUGAAUGGGAGGACGCAGCCUGGGGCUCGCGUGAAAAGGGCGGCCGGAGAAGGCGGAGGAGGAGGAGAAGAAGAAGGAGGAGGAGGAGGGGGGUGUUGGUGGUGGUGGGGGGAGAGGAGGGAACCCAGAGCCACACUGGAUCGAGAACUGACAUUGAAGCUGGUAUACACCUCUGUUGGAAACGAUACACGCCGUGGUAGAGAACUAUGGAAUCAGCUGUCGAUGAUGACGCAGUGGAUGCUUGAAUGACGUGACAACCGAGGGAAGGAGGAACGAUGCCCAAGAGUGGGUGUUCUAAAACACCACAAUCGGAGGAUUACCCACUCAACAUCGAUAUGGUAGAGAAACAGUCGGGGAAAAAGGAAAAGGAAAAAAUUGCAUACAACAAGACAACGAAGUUGGAACGAAGUGAUGGAGGGAAAGAGGUGAAGGAGAAAGCACCAAAGAGGAAGCUGCCUUUCUCUAUUGGAGUUAACAGCAGUGAUCAGAAAGAUUCCGACACAGAGAAGCUAGGUCCGGAGCGGAAACGAAUGAAGAAGGAGGCUGGAGGCAGAAGGUCUGGAUUGUUAUUUGGGGCAGGAAUUCGAACGGGCUGUCCACUCUCAGAACGUCAACAAGUUGCUUUACUCAUGCAAAUGACAGCAGAAGAAUCAACAAACAGUCCAGAUCGUACGCCAAAGCAUCCCUCACAGUCGAUACUUGGACAAAAGAGAACACCAAGUUCUGCCUCCAAAACCAAAGACAAAGUAAACAAGAGAAAUGAACGUGGAGAAACGCGUCUUCACAGAGCUGCAAUUAGGGGGGAUGCAAGGCGAAUUAAGGAACUCAUAAGUGAAGGUGCAGAUGUAAAUGUGAAAGACUUUGCAGGCUGGACAGCACUGCAUGAAGCAUGUAAUCGAGGUUACUACGACAUUGGCAAGCAGCUCCUAGCAGCAGGAGCUGAGGUCAAUACAAAAGGCUUGGACGAUGACACACCUCUCCAUGAUGCAGCUAACAAUGGCCACCGCAAGGUAGUGAAGCUGCUGUUGAAAUAUGGAGGGAACCCCCAUCAGAGUAACAGAAAGGGCGAGACACCGCUCAAAGUUGCCAAUUCCCCCACCAUGGUGAACCUGUUACUGGGGAAGAGCUCCUAUAGCUCCAGCGAUGAGAGCUCGACAGGGUCUUCAGAAGAUGAAGGAGCUCCUUCGUUUGCUCCCUCCAGUUCGAUUGAUGGUAAUAACACAGAUUCAGAAUUUGAAAAGGGCCAACGGCACAAAAUCAAGCGAGCAGAAUCAUCUAAAACGGUAACACCAGUCAAAGAUGAGUAUGAGUUUGACGAGGACGAUGAAGAAGAUAGAGUACCACCUAUUGAUGACAAACAUUUGCUGAAAAAAGACUAUAGAAAGGAAGUAAAAGUGAACAGUUUCAUUUCUAUUCCCAAAUUAGAGGCAAAAACAUACUCUAAAAGUUCCCUCAUAACACCAAAGAAAACUCCACGCCGGAUUUUAUCUGAUACCAACAGUUCAGAUGAAGAGGAUAGAUUGAUACAUUUUUCUCCUCCUCUUCCGAGACCAUCAGUGCACUCCAGUCUGACCAAUACAAGCUCUAAGCAAAGGGAGUCGCCAGUAAAAAAACAGCAGAAAGAAAAAACAAAAGUGAAAAAGAAAUGGAAAAAAGAGUUGAAAAACAAAGAAGUCAGAUUGGGUAAAGAAGAAGAUCAGUUCAAUUCUUUGUCAUCAGAAAGUGACGAUUCAGAAAGUGAAGAAGAUGAAGGUAAAGGUUCUGUGCAAAGUGCAAUAAGCAUGAAGGACUCUUAUGUGAGCCUUAAAGAAUCAACCAUGUUUUCUUCAUUAUCUGCAUCAUGUUCUUCCUCUCAAGGGAGCUGUGUGUCAUUGAAACACAUUCCCAGUCUUACAGAGCAACAGUCCAAGACUUGGAGAACUGACAGUUGGAAAUCGAACAUGUCACCCGUCUGGUCUGAUGUGAGUUCCUUGUCAGAUUCUGUGAGAACACGACUUACUAGUGAAUCUGACUAUUCAUCAGAAGAUUCAAGUUUAGAGUCUGUUAAACAGAUAAAAGAGAAAAAGGACCAUAAAAAGAAAAACCUCACAGAUGGUGAUAUUACAGAGAAGAAAAUGGUGGAGGAUAUCUUUUCGAUUUUGAACUCUGAUGGAAUUGUUCGGAAGCUGGAUAAGCAGGGGAAGGUUGUGAAAAAACAUAAAGUAAAGCGCAAGCACAAAGUGAAAGACAAAGGGAGAUCAAAGUGUUUUAACAAGUCAAGAAAGCUAUCAAAAAACCUUAGCUUAGAUACGGAAGUAUCUAGGCAAAAAGGAGAAAAAUCCUCAAGUGCGGAACCUGACAACCUUUCAUUUGAUAAUAAAGUGAAAAUGGCUAAACACGACAAGGAACCAUUAAAGAAGGAAGAAAAAGAAAAGCUUUUCAAAGUCAAAUCCGAAGAAAAAGAGUGGUUGCUUAAAGAUGAUGUAGGAAAGUUCGGUAAGGAAGAGAAGUUAACAAGGAAAAGCAAAGACUGGAAAGACAACUAUAAACCUAGCAAAGAGGAGAAAGAUAAGAUGUUUAAAAUAGAUAAAGAAAAAACUUUCAAAGAGAAAGAAAAGUCUUUGAAAGAAGAAAAGAUGAAAUCACACAAAGAUGACAAAAAGAAAAAGUCAAAAGAAAAAUGCUCAAAAGCAGAGAAGCACUCAAAACCUGAUAAGGAUAAGACUCAGAAGGAUGAGAAGGAAAAAUCAAGGAAAGACAAAAUUCAGAAAGAGGAAUCAGAUUAUGAGGAUCUAAAAACUAGGAAUCAAUUUGUAGACAGUGAUGAUAAACUCAGUUUAUCUGAUGAGCACCAAGAUAAAUGGUUUUCAGAUUUGUCUUCUGAUUCAUCUUUCUUUGAUUUAAAAGGGGAAGAUAAUUGGGCUACUCCAGUUAAGGAGUUGAAGGAACAUAAGGAUGACUCAGUAGUUAAACUAUCUAUUGAAACAAUGAGAGAAGAAUGUAAGGAAAAGAGAAAGGAAUGCAAGUUAAAAGAAAAGAGGGAGCCAAGUGAAAAACGUCAUGACAAAGAUCAUUUGAAAAAGAAAGAUCGAGAAUGUACAGAAAAGAGUUCUGAGAAGAAAAAGGAGCAGAUUGAUAAACACAAGUCAGGCCAGGGUUGUCUUCUGGAGAAAGAGAAAAAGAGAAAAGAUUCUUCUGAAAGUAAUAAAGACCGGAAAGAUAAAGACAAUACUGAAAGCAAUAAAGAACGAAAAGAAAUCAUUUUUGAAUUUCCCAAGGAAAGGAAAGAUUUUAAAGGAAAACUAGAGGAUGCCUACAAAAGUGAUUCAAAAGAAUGUGGAAGUGAAAGCUUCUUCAAAGAGAAGCAUGACACUGAUCUUAGUACAAAGACAUUGGAUGUAAGGGAGAGACACUAUUCAGGAAAAGAGAAGGACAAAAAGGAUGGAGCUGAAAAGAAGGACAAAAUAAAAAUGGAUAAACAUAAAGAAAAAUCCAAGGAAAAGGAGAAAAAUUCAUUGGAAACUGAAAAGGAAAAACUGGAGAAGAACAUGACUGAUAGAUUCUUAAAAGAGAAAGAAGCUGAUACUAAAGACAAAUUAUACAGAGAGUUGAGUAGCUUCAAAGACAAAAAGGAACAAAAGGAAAAGAACAAAGAUGCUUACUGCAGAGACAAGGACAGAAAAAUGUCAUCGGAACCAAGUAAAGAAAAGCGGGAGAAAAAUAUACCAGAAAAAGAAAAGGAUUUUACAGAAAGAAAGGAGAAAGAGAAAAUAGAUAAACAAAAAGGCCCUGAUCUAGAAGUAGGAAAGGAAAAGAGUUGGCAUAGCAUAGCAAAUGAUAUUUUCACAGAUGAAAGUGGAGAUGAGCUUGAAGAUUAUUGUGACAGUUUGAAAUUCCGAGAGCUUAUAAGCAAUGAAAUGUGCAGAAGCGAUUCAUUUAUUGAAAAAGAGGAAACAAAGGUAGAGAGAGAUUUUUUUCAGCCUGAGAAAUCAAGAAAAUAUUCUGCUGAUAAACAGCAUUCAGCAGAAAAACUAAAAGACAAAGAAUUCAAAGAAAAGAAAAAGGAUAAGGUAUUUACAGAAUGUGCAAAGGACAAAAAGGAGAAGAAUUCAUCUGAAAAACAUAAAGAAAAGAAAGAGAGAGAUGUGGUUGAUAAAUACAAGGAGAAAAAAGACAGAAUGUCAACAGAUUCAAAUCUGGAAAAGAAAAUGAAGCCAAAGCUUCCAGAAAAAAUAGAAAAGAGGCACUCUAAUGAUGAAAAAUUUAAAGGCAAGCCUAAGGAAAAAUGUGACAAAGAGCCCUUAUUAAAAGAAAGAAGACUUUCGAAGGGAAAUAUACUGGAUGAGGAAAAGAAGUGUCCAGAAAAGCUCCAAGAUAUAACUUUUAAUGAGUAUAAAGAGGAUUCCAAUGACAAGAUCAGUGAAAUUUCAUCUGACAGUUUCACAGAAAGAGCACAUGACUCCACAUUGUGCACCUUAAUUGAUGUAUCAAAUAUUGGGCUGCAGGAUAUGCCAGAAGAAAAGUUCAAGGACUCUCUUCCAAAUUUGUAUUUACAAGAAAAAGUCAAAGAGAAAGAGCGCAACAGGCAUUCAUCAUCGUCAUCAUCGUCAAAAAAAUACCACGAAAAAGAUAAAGUGAAAAAAGAAAAACGAGAUAAACCCGAGGAAUUUAAGGAAACUGUGGGUAAAAAGGAAGUGCCACCAUUUGAACGGGAGCUCCCAAUGUCUGAUGGUGAAUUUAUGAGUCUCUUUAUUAAAACUGAGAAGGAAGAUGAACCAGAUAAAUUUGGGGAUCUUAUGUUAUUAAGUGAAAAGAAAGAUAAAGCUGAGUCUGAAAAGGAAUUGUCUAGAAAAGCAGAAAAAGACAAAGCCUCCAGUGCUUUCAUUGGCAACAAUGAAAGAGUCAAAGAGAAGGAUAAAGAUAAGAAAAAGAAAGACAAAUAUAAGGAGAAAUCAAAAGACGACAAAGAGAAACAUAAGGAAAAACAUGGAGAUUUGUCCACGGCCAUCAAAUAUGCAAAGGAGGAACAAAAAUCAGGAUUUAAAGACUCGCUUCCAGUAGUUCGAGAAGCUGGUGGCAACAAAGACAAACUGAGAGAUGAAAGUUUCAAAAAUAACGAAAUCAAACAAAAAGAAAAAAUCAAAGAGAGUACAGAAAAGGACAAAAGUGAAGCCAUUAAGUUUAAAGUGAAAGAAAAUGAAAAUGGUAAACUAAACCAAGUAAAAGAUGUAUCCCGUAAGGACAGCAAGCCUAGGGAAAAGCUUUUAGGCGAUGGAGACUUGAUGAUGACCAGCUUUGAGCGUAUGCUAAGCCAGAAAGAUUUAGAGAUUGAAGAACGACACAAAAGACACAAAGAAAGAAUGAAACUGAAGGAGAAGAUGAGACACAGGUCAGGAGAUCCAAAGUUAAGGGAAAAAGUCCGAACUGCAGAAGAAAUGCGUAAGAAGAAUUUAGAUAUGUUGAACAAAAAAACAGGACUGCUUGAUUCUCAACAAAAAGACAAAAAAUGCAAAGACCAAGCACCAGGUCAAAUUAUGUCACCAGAUACAAAGACUCCACCAAUAAUAGGUCCAGAUUUGAAAGACUGGCUUUCCACUCCUGCAAUGCUUGAAAUCUUACCUGCUUCACCAAGACCUGAUCAAGAUAGACCCACCGGGGUUCCAAAAUUGACUUCAUUGGCUUCCUGUCCAAGUUACGAGGACUUGAUGCCUACACCCCACACACCUAAUUGUCUUAAUGAGGAUUUUACUGAUCUGUUUGAAGGAAUUGAGCCCCCGCAUUCAAUGUCUAUGAAUGCUUGUUCUCCUUCUUUCUUUGACAGAUACACAAAUCCUUCCAGUGGAAUGCAAGAAAAUCCAAAUCAAACACCAAGCAGAGCUGUUCCAGUCUCUGCUUUCUAUCGAUCAGUAUCAAUGGACAUCAGAAGGCCAUCUGAAGAAGAAUUCAAGGUUAACUCUGAGAAAUUCUACAGGCAGCAAAGUGUGCCAGCUACGACAGAUUAUGAAGCUUCCAUUCCACAUUUGAUGGAAGAGAAACCGGUUCAAUCUGACAAAUUUAUCGGUGUGUCCCCAACGUAUGUUCCACCUGAUUAUGGAAUUUCCUCACCACAACUCGAACAUUCUCAUUCUGGAAUAACUAAAUCAUUCCCUGAAAACAUUGCCCCUUCACCUGAAAGUCUGCGACCUGAAAAUCUGCUUAAUGAUUUCCAAGCAAAACCUUUACCAUUGCAUAACCUUAGCCACUUAGAACCAUCUCUAGAUAGUUUGGUGACUGAUCUUUGUUUGCCAUUAGAUUCCUCUGAGCAUCAACCAAAUACUCCUUCGAUUUCUCCUGAUUCAGUUUUAAGCACCAAUCAUUUACCAACAUCUGCAGAUCCUUUUCUUCCUAAUGAUUCAGGACAGAAUAAGCUGGAGUAUUCACCUCCUGCACCACAGAUAUCAUGUGAACAGGCAGGCCUAAGUCUCGUGGAUAAUUCAUUAGAUCAUUCAGUGAGCUGGCCUGUGGAUUCAGAGUUGCAUCUGAAGUCACCUGAAAGAAAUAUCAUUGAGUCUUCCAGGCCAUUUUGCCCUUCAGAAGAUCUGCAAUCCACGACAAUGCCAUUUAUUUCCUCGGUUUCAUCUUUCCCAGUAUCUCUUGUAGAGUACCCAAUGUCAGUCCCUAACUCACGACAAGAUGGAGACGAAAUGGAAAUGACUGGAAUAUACCAAGGAGAAGCAAGGACUUUAGAUGAUGCUGUCCCAUAUAUAUCUCCUGUGAGACCAGACUCACCUUAUGAUACUUGCAAACAAAUUCCAGAUAAUUCAACCAGUGAAAUGCCUCAAGAAACGCCAAGCAUAGCAAUGGAAAACCAGCAGGAAUCGUUACCUGCUUUAGAAACAUGUAAUGAGGUACAACAGAAUAUCACUCCUGAAGAUCGGGUGGAACCUAUAUCGUGGAAUGAUCCUUUUCCAAAUUCUAUGGAUGAUCUGGAUCUUGGACCAUUUUCACUCCCAGUGCUGCCAUUACAAGACAAAGAAGACACAGACAUUGAAAUGCCAGAUUCUGAAGAAAAUAUUACGACAAAUGAAACCAAUAAUUCCUCAACUUUGGAUACUCCUACUGAAGACCUAGAUCAUUCUGUAAUGAGAGACGAGGAACAUGAAACUGUUAGUGAGAAUCAGAAGAUAGAAACUAUAUCGGAUGACAAUACAACUGAAGAUAAUAUCAGCACCAUAAGUGUAGAAAAGUGCUCAACAGAUGCUGCAGAAAUUGAAGAAAAGGAUGAUAUUCAGCAGCCUUCAGUGCACCUAACUGAAACUGACAGAGAGGUUCAAGAUAAAGCUGUCGAAACUACUCCUAGUGCUGAAGCAACUGACAUUCUCCAAGUGCCUGAAGCUACUGAGGAAAUUGGCAAACCUGUAAAUGAGGCACCAAAGUUAACCAAGGUAGAGGAGAUUCCUCAAAGGAUCACUAGGAACCGGGCACAAAUGUUGGCAAAUCAGAACAAGCAAAAUAAUUCUGCCAGUUUGGGUUUGGAAAAGGAACCAGCCACCGUUCAAUCAGGAAAGACCAAAGGGCGAACGGUGGAAGAGGAGGACACACCCCAGCAUCCUCGAAAGCGAAAAAUCCCUCGUGCAAAUCACCAACCAAUGAUUCUCACCCCAUCAGCACAGCAGACACGGGAAAUGAUCCAGCAAACAUUGGCAGCCAUCGUCGAUGCUAUUAAAUUAGAUGAGAUUGAACCAUAUCACAGUGACAGGUCAAAUCCCUACUUUGAGUAUCUCCAAAUUCGUAAAAAGAUUGAAGAAAAACGUAAGAUUCUGUGCUGUAUUAUCCCGCAGGCCCCACAGUGUUAUGCUGAAUAUGUUACGUAUACUGGUUCCUAUUUGCUGGAUGGAAAACCUCUAAGCAAACUGCAUAUCCCAGUGAUUGCCCCACCUCCCUCUCUGUGUGAGCCACUGAAGGAAUUAUUCAGACAGCAAGAAGCAGUACGUGGGAAGCUACGCCUUCAACACAGCAUUGAGCGGGAGAAGCUAAUAGUUUCUUGCGAACAAGAAAUUUUGCGAGUACACUGUCGAGCAGCAAGAACAAUAGCAAACCAGGCGGUUCCCUUCAGUGCCUGUACUAUGCUUCUUGAUUCAGAGGUGUACAACAUGCCAUCAGAAAACCAGGGUGAUGAAAAUAAGACAUCUGUAAGAGAUCGUUUCAAUGCUCGACAGUUUAUCUCAUGGCUACAGGACGUGGAUGAUAAAUAUGAUAGAAUGAAGACUUGCUUGCUAAUGCGGCAGCAACAUGAGGCAGCUGCAUUGAAUGCAGUCCAGCGAAUGGAAUGGCAGCUAAAAGUGCAGGAACUUGACCCAGCUGGACAUAAGUCCCUGUGUGUCAACGAAGUCCCUUCCUUCUAUGUGCCAAUGGUUGAUGUGAAUGAUGACUUUGUGCUUCUGCCGGCAUGACAGUGUUAACACGUGGCUGACAACCAUAUGUGGCACGAAGUGGGAUAUUCCCAAAGGAACAUUAGUUCAAGUUUUUUUUUCUUUUAAAUCCUUAAGUGCUGCUUGCUAAUGAUUCCCUGUUUCAUGAGGAGGAAGCAUCAUUUAAACUAUAUUGCACUUUUCACAGAAUUUAGAUAUCACUUCUGCAGGGAAGAAGGAUGUCGACAGGUCAGUGGUUCAUAUGUAAUGAAAGUUAACCAAUUGCAGCCUGUAGACUAAACUGGAAAGUAGCAGGCCAAAGGUAUAUCUGUGUUAAGUGGCAGAUCAGUAGGACUCAGCAUGUUGUGCUAGCUGCCAUACCAAUGACCUUGACAAUUUGAUAACUUCAGUCAACAAUAUUCAUACUGAUUUCAGUAUCAGUUUAAAGGACUGAUAGGGAAAAGGAGAACCGGUGUUGUACAAGUCUCUUCAUUACUGGACAGUUGUAUUGGUUAGCUGAUCAGAAUGUUUGCAAAGUGAGGUUACGUAUACAUUCUGACCCUCAAAGACCAUCCGAUCACAAGGCAAAAUGGCCCAUCACCCCUUAAAUUGUACUGUGAAUUGGGUUAUAGAUUUAAGGACGUGAGCAGUUAAGAUAAUUGAGCUUGCAGUAACAAUCACCAUAUUUUUAUAAAGGAGAACAAGGUUUGGCUUAUUAAGUCAUCGAGUAAACUGGCCACGGUGGCUUUUGCAUGCUCUCUGAAGUUCACAAUCAGUCGUGUGAUGCGAGCUCUCUGCUGCUGGCUGCAAUUCUGGUGCUGCUGCUGCUGCAAAAAAUGACUCAGCAAAGAACCCUGUCGGAGCACAGUUUUUAUGGUAAGGCCACUGAAUAGGUUUUAUUUCUUUUAUUCCCUUAAUUAUUGGGCAUUCAUUGUUUCUCUAGCAGAGAGCAUCACUUGACACUACAGAGCCAAUACUAAACAGUUAAAAAAAACAGAGGAUAUAUCCCUUAGAUGCUGUACAGUUUUAUAUACAUUAACCAGUGUACUAUGAUGGCAAUCGCUGCCUUUAGAUAAUUUAUUUUGCCACACAUUACUGCACAGUUGUAAAUAACUUCUCAUAUACUGUAAUAUCACUCUGCAGAGCUAAAUGUAUAAAAGAAUAAAAAAUCCCUCCAUAUGUACAGAUCUUUUUAGAUGGCACUUUCACUUCAGUUUGGAAAAUGGGCCAAAACAAAACAUUGAAAUGCUCAUUGUUUUACUGCUAAACAUUUGGAAAAUCACACUUGUACAAAAUAAAUAGAUUUCUGUUAUUAAAAAAAAGUUCAUUUGGUUACUCAACAUUUUACACUAAGUUAUUGGCGUGGUGUUGUUCCUCUAAUAAUAAUUUUUAUUAUUGAACUGUGUGGAGUUUUUUUCUAGAUGUUUACAUAUUUACACAAGGGUAAAACUACUGCACAGUAACUUGUUUUUGAAAAAGCACUGAUACUGAUUCAGCAGAUUCAAAUUAACCUUUUUUUGGUUUACGGGGAAGCACCACAUACCUGGUGUAAAAUGUGUGGGUCCAUAUUGGGUAUUUCAAGUUUCAUUUAUUUUUGUGAGGUAGGGAAGAUCUGAUUAUAUGCAUACCCAACAGUACAUGCAUUAUUGAAUAUUAGACUAUUUACAUUAUUAUUUCGUACAGUUUAUGGAGCAGAAGUUGAGUGACCCUGGAGGCUGCUAAUCCUUGCUGAAAUGUUAGAAUGUCCUGAAAUAAAAUGUGCUGUUGUACCUGAAAAAAAAUUGACUAGUGGUUGCACAGAGGGAUUAUAAGGAGUUACAUAGUUACAAAACUGUUUAUUAAAAAAACAUUCAUAAGAGACCAUAUAUCCCUUUGCUAGCUUACAUUGACUAGAUUUGAAACGUUAUAGCUAAGCACAGACUUGGAUAUAGUUGUUUCUUCAAAUCACCCACACACACAGAUUCGCAGAUUUGCGAUGAGGUUUAUGUAUUUCUAAAUCCAAUCUAGAACAAUUAUGAUAGCCCAGUUCACUAAUCUUCACACUCUGUGAACAGUCAAAUCAUUUUCCUGAUUUAUGAGUUACCAUAAUGUAUGUGUAGGCUUGCUCUUAUAACAGAGCUACAUGUAUAAGAUAAAAGUUAAACAUUUUACAGGGGAAUCCUAUGUCCAAUAUGAAAUUUGAACAGCCUAUGUAAUCUUUUUCACCCCAUUGAUACUGUACAACUGUGUAAAGUAAAUGUCUGUUAAAUUGUAUCCUCUAAUAAAUUCACCACUGCUGCUACUGCAACUGUCAUACAAUAGCUAUUUGCUGUUUUAUUACAGUGCGAUUUUAACUAUCACAAUUUUUGAUUUCAAAUGUGAGCUAACAUUAUAAUCAGUGGUUCAUGGUGACCAAUUCUGAAAUUGCUGGAAAAUAUCCUGAAAUCCCAUCAAUUAUCUCUUAAAAGUCACGUUUACACAGCAGUUUUCAGCAUGCACUUAAAAAAUUCAUAUUUGAAGUCCUGCUUUUUUUUUAGCUUUUCAGUGCAAAAUAAAGAAACAGCAAAUAUUUUAAACAUCGUAUUUGCUGUACCACCACCAUGUUUGGAAAUCACUAAUUUAUCCCUUUUAUUCAAUCUUACUUUCAGCAUAAAUGGCCCUCAAACGAUAUCCACAAUGUGGUGGUCUGCAGAAAUAAUAUUUGUGUUUCUUUUUAAAAAAACAACUGUUUUCCAAGUUUACUGAACUGGUACAGUUUUGUCAAAUACCUAGAAAUUUAUGGAAAGAUUGGGACAUGUUAAGUGCUGUGCAAGUUUUUUUGUAGUGUAAAUCCAGUCUUUAGGUUUACCAAGGGAUGCUGUAAUCUGUUUGUGUAAAGACAAUAGUUUGAUAGCACUAUUGUGUUUGUUUGAACUACCUGAUUACUUAUUAAGGCUCAUUGUAAUACUGAAUUACUUUUGCUGAACAUACAAACAGUAUGCAGAAUGUCCUUCAGUUAGUACCUGGCGAUAACUGUUUAAUUUUAUCCAGGUAAAUACUGUUAAUUAGAAAAUGAAUAUAAAAGUUCAGCAAAAGAGAUAUUUCUAAUUGUUUACACUAAUCUCUGAGUGUCCAAUUCCUGUUCUGUACUGUAUUUUUUUGAUUAGUUGUACUUUUUUUUUGGAGAAUAAAUGUAUUGUAAAUCAGGCACAUACUAUAAUGUUAUCGCUGUAAUGUUAGCAGUUGAACUGCGUGCAUUGUGUACCAUUUUAGCAACUGAAUUUCUUGAACGUAGGGCUCAAACAGUGGACCGACCUACCACAAACAAGUUAACAUACUAAUGAGCACAGAUGAAUGAUACUCACCAGACUAAUGAUUUAAUGUAAUAACUUUCUAGCAAUCAGAUAUAACGUUUCCAUUUAUAAAAUGUCUCAGUUAAUCCUGAUAUGAUUGUGACAUGUUCUUAAUUUUUGAAACAUUGUUUUUCAAGAAAAUUCACCUGUCUGAAUCCAAAAUUCUACUUGUUCUGGACUGGUAGACCAGUUGUUCUUGAACCUUUAGUAUAAUCGGACCUCGGUAUUUUCUUACUUCCCCUGUGGAGUUUAAUGACGUUCCUUUUCUAUGCCAAUGACUUUUAUUUGCUUUCCGUGGGAUGAGAACUGGAUCAGUGAUUUCAUUAUCCUUCAUCUGUGUACAGCGGGAAACGAUCUUUUCCAGAGCUCCAUGUUCAAAAUGGAAAAGAGACUUUCAUUUGUAAGGUUGUUAGAUUUAGUAUUCAUAAUGAUAGCUAUUCAAGGACCAAUGGAAACACUGAAGCCUUUCUGCAACUAAGUUUCUUAUUUUUAAUACAUUUUUGGGUGGGGCUCCUGGAUUCUGUAAAUUGUCAUUGCCAAUGCAAUAUUCUAAUAAUGGGGAAGCAUACUAUCUGGAGUGAGACAUGCAGUAUAUCAUCCUUUCCUUCACCACACCCUAUCUCAAUUUCCUAAAUGAUGCCUGUCAGCUUGGCUUAGAAGUGACAAAAGUAACUAUAAAUGUGUCUGAUCAUAUUACCAGAAACUCCCAACUUCCAGUUACUGCAGUGUGAGGAGAACGCAUGGCAGUUUUAUAUUUUGUGCUGAUUUUAACACAGCUUUCUAUUUAUAAACUAGUUUUAAAUUUUAAAUAAAAUUUCAUGAGAAUUUUCUUCACCCUAUUCCCCCCUGCAUUAUUAUCAUGUACAGCUGGAUCCUGCAUUCCAUUUGUUUUACCUAUCUAAAUAAUUGUGGCAUUCUUAAAUCUGCAGUCUUGUGUGUCAUUAGUCUGUGACAAUUUAGCAUCAAAUAUUGCAUGUAAUGUCACAUUGCUUGUAUGGAAUGUAUGUCACUGUCACAUCAAUAUAUUUACUGUUGGGCACGGAAUGAGAAUAUUCAAAGACUGAAUGAAUAAUUACAAUUAGAAAUCUUUUUGUUCUGAUUUAUUUAAAAUUGUUUGAGCCCUACUCUUCUCUCUCAAAAUGAAACCUGUUCAUAAAGCAUGGAAAAUUGUUCCUAGCAGAGAUGUGCAGAAAGGUUGGAUGUCCUAUGAUGAUCAUUGAGUUUGAACUAUGGGUUACAUUUAUUUGUCCUUUCCUAGUUCCCUGAUACUGGAGUAGUACAGUAUUUCUAUUUCAAAACACCCUUUCAGUUCAGAGUAUUUUGUACCCUGCAUCAUAGACAGAUUAAAUUAUACUAUUAGUCGUAAUAGGAUUGUCUUUUUUUUCCAUCCCUUAUUUUUCUUAUCCUGAUUUGAAACCAGUGAUCGGUGUAUAUUAAAAAAAAUACUUUUGACGUAAGUAUACAUAAAAUAAAAAUACCCAACGUUUAGGUUGGUAUUUUUAGUUCUCAAUGUUCAUGAGGUGUUUUCAUUCCAUUCGGACUUUCAGUUCUUGUGGAUGAAAGAGUAUAUGAAAAUUAUUGCAGAAUAACAGUGCAGUGAAAUUCACUUCUGGUGCUUAACAGUCAAUCAGGACUAACACAGUUAACGUUAACUUAUUUCACCAUGGUCAGAGCUGGAAAUAAAUUUUGGCUUAAUGAAGGGUUGCUAUUGAGUGCCAGUGGUCCUCUCAAGCAAUAAUAAUGAAAAAAUGAGACUAAGUAUAGAAAAUCUGACCCCCUCCCUCAAAGCUUUAUCCCAUGCAGGUGAAUAACAUGAUGGAGUUUUUUGUACAAGCUAAUAUUUUGUCUGCAUGUUUAUGAAGCUAUUUGCUUAAUAGAUUGGUAUGUAUGCCACACAUUGGUUUCAGAACCAUAGAUGUGUACCCUCCAAAACCAAUACUGUAAUUUCAAAACUUAUUUUAAAAAUGCUGAAAAUUCAGUGUCAGUUAUUGACUAGCCAAUUGUUGAUCAUAACAGAAAAAUAAACACCUUUUUAAUUUAAAUCUAAAGUUCUCCAAGUUAAACUAGUUUUAUAGAUAUUCUAUAUAUACACAAGUGUGUGUGUGUGUAUAUAUGUAUAUAUAUGUAUGUAUCAUCUCUGAUUUAGCGUGUAUAAGUAUAGGAUUGGGACGGUCUUUGAUUUGAUAUCUGCUCAGCCUUCAGUAAUUUGGCUUAUUUCCAAGUUCCCAGACAUACAAAGAACACUACAGUAAGUUUCUUUUUUAGAAACCUAGCUCUCGUCAAUUACCCAGUGAUUAAUCUUGGUAGUUCAAAACUUUUGCACAUCUUCAUUUAAUAAGGCGAUGAACCUAUUUUUUUUCCUUUUCUGACACCUGUGGUAUGUGGAUUAAAGUCUCAGAUGUGUAAAUGUUCCUCUUGCAUCAGUUCGAGACAUUGUACAUAGCUGUAAAUAACACAUAGGUUCACACCCUUCUUUGUACUAGUAAACUGUGUAGAAUGUGUUUUUUUAAUAAAAAAAACAGUGGCAAACAUGCCAUCGGUGAUGUAACGAUGUAAUUUUUUUGUACAAUGUAGGUUAAUUGUGUACAUAUUGUUUGGCAGUGCCCAGCUGCAGUACUGUCACUAGCUGUAUGAGUUCCUGCAAAACAAAUGUUAUUUUCUACAGUUGCAUGUACAGAGAGAAAAGAGAGAUGCUGUCGUCCCUCAAAAAUUAUGUUCGUAAAUAAAUGAAAA